UGCCCCAUCAUUGGUGUCGGUGGGAGGAAUAGUGCCCCAUCAUUGGUGUCGGUGGGAGGAAUAGUGCCCCCAUCCAGUUGGUGUCGGUGGGAGGAAUAUAGUGCCCCAUCGUUGGUGUCGGUGGGAGGAAUAGUGCCCCAUCAUUGGUGUCGGUGGGAGGAAUAGUGCCCCAUCGUUGGUGUCAGUGGGAGGAAUAGUGCCCCAUCGUUGGUGUCAGUGGGAGGAAUAGUGCCCCAU